CAGGAAGUGAGUGCUAGCGAACGGGUUGUUUUAGGAAACGGGUUUUCUUGAUGAACCACUUCUCACAGCGCCAUAGCCUCACAUAGUGACAGUCUGGAACAUGACUCCUCUACUCUUCUUCGCCUUCCUCCUCCUCUCUCAUCUGCCAGGCUCUCUCUGUAGGGUGACCACCGUGGGUGACCUGGCGGUCCUGGAAGGUCGGUCGGUGAUGAUCCCGUGCCAUUACGGGCCGCAAUACGCCAGUUAUGUGAAGUACUGGUGCCAUGGCAGUGUAAAGGACCUCUGUACCAGUCUGGUUCGCAGCGAUGCCCCACGGGGGCAGGCUGCACCUGGAGAAGACAAGGUGGCCAUGUUUGAUGACCCGGUACAGCAGGUGUUCACAGUAACAAUGACAGAGCUGCAGAAGGAGGACUCUGGAUGGUACUGGUGUGGUGUGGAGGUGGGAGGAGUCUGGAGUGCUGAUGUCACAGCCUCCCUUCACAUCAAUGUUAUCCAAGGUAUGUCUGUGGUGAACAGCAUGGUGAGCGGAGAGGAAGGGACCAGCGUUACUGUCCAGUGUCUCUACAGCCAGGGAUACAGGCAGCAUGAGAAGCGUUGGUGUCGUAGUGGUGACUGGAGCUCCUGUCUAGUGACAGAUGGUGAAGGGCGGUAUGAAGACCAGGCAGUAGAGAUCAGAGAUGACCUGACCAAGGCUUUCACUGUCACCCUGAAGGGACUGGCCCGGAGAGAUACAGGCUGGUACUGGUGUGCUGCAGGACAACAACAAGUGGCUGUCUACAUCCUGGUCACUCCUCCAUCCACAACAGCACCUGCUCCUACAGUGACGUCCCCACCAGAAGAAAGCCCCCAGUCUGUUCCUGUGUCUCCGUCUGUGUCUCCGUCUGUGUCUCCGUCUGUGUCUCCUCUUCCCAGACACGUAGCUAAAGGAGCAGACCACCACAGGCCACUAUGGGAGUUUCCUCUGAUGGUGUGUGGAGUUCUGUUCAUCUUGAUGGUUCUGGUGCUGCUGCCAUGGAAGAUACUGGACCAAUACAACAAAACACACAGGACAAGACAGGCAGAGCUGGAAGCCAGACUCAGUGACCCCCCAGGUGACGACUGGCAGAACACCUCUGUCGUCUUCCUCAACUCCGCCUCACAGAAGGUGUACGGUUUCUGACCCCGUCCACCCUCCAGUCACCUCUGACCUCUAACGUCCACCCUCUAUCUCUGGCCACCUUUCAUCAGAGCUGGGCGCCACUAAAUAUUCCAUCCAUCCAACGAUAUUUUCAGUACCAUGUUGUAUGAUCCAUCAUUACCACAAAUGUUAUUGUGAUCAUUACCUGACAUGUUAAAUAAUGUUACCAUGUUUACUGAAAUCAGUGUGUAUAUAAUCUACUGCAACUAUUUGUUUGUAUUACAUAUUUACAUUUCUAUUAAAAAAAAAACAUUUUAAGAAAGAA